GAUGUGACGACACCGUGGCCUCUCUUUCCGGUUUAGCCGUUAGCAGCAGGAGCACUCACUGCCUGUCAACAUCACACCUCUUCAGAGGACGUCUUUGCUUUGUGUUUUAACUCCUUGUCCCCGGCACCGCUCCGAGUGUCCGUCGCUAUGUCCAUGUACCAGGUAAAGCCCGUCUGUUCGGACAUAAAGAUUGAUUUGCCCACCUGCAUGUACAAGUUACCAAAUAUCCACACGAGGCAAGGGAACAGCUGCAGCUCGGACCAUGCGCUUCAGAAUGGCGACGUGGACCCAGCAGUCAAGGCUCUGGAGGCCCGUCAGGAUGAAAUCCUGAGAAAGCUGUACGAGCUGAAAGCAGCCGUGGAAGGCCUCGCCAAGACCGUGACGACCCCAGAUGCAGAUCUGGAUGUGACGGUCAGCAGCAGCCUCUCCUCACAAAGCUCCAGCUGUGCCAUCUUUAAAGGAACCACAAACCUGGAUGCACUCCUGGGGGAGGACCUGGGGGCUCUCCGUGACAUCGUCAUAAAUGCAAACCCUGCGCAGCCACCCCUCACCCUGCUGGUUCUCCAUGGCCUGCUCUGUCAGCACUACAGGGUGCUCUCUACUGUCCACGUCCACUCUUCAGUAAGCAGUGUGCCGCCACAGCUCUUGUCCUGCCUUGGUCCCAAACACGCAGACAGCUAUGCUCGCCAUAUGUUCCAGCUGGGCUUCACACUCAUAUGGAAGGAUGUUCCCAAACUGGAAAUGAAGUUCAGCAUCUGCAACAUGUGUCCCAUUGAAGGCGAGGCCAAUGCGGCACGCUUUCUCUUUAAGCUACUUGCUCCCUAUCCCAGUGACACUGCUCUGGCCACGCUGGUAGACAGCUGGGUGGACACGGGAUUCUACCAGCUGGCAGACGGCAGCACCAAGGAGCGAGCUGCUGUCCUUCGGGCCCUCAACUCCGCUCUGGGUCGCGGACCCUGGGUGUCCGGACCGGAGUUCUCCCUUGCUGAUAUCGCCUGCUACUGCUGUUUGUUGCAGAACGGCUCAGCAUCCUCCAUUGCUGCUAACGUUCAAGGCUGGAUGAAGUCUUGCGAGAACCUUGGCCACUUUGGCCCUGCCAAGCUCCUCCUAAAGUGACCAGGACUGUCUUAGGGCCAGAAACCAGAGGCAACGUGAUAGAGGGGCAUUAGAAUAAAGAAUUAUUUCAGCUUUGUCUCGAACGCCUUCUAAUCCUUUCCCACCUUGUAUUAUUGUAACUCUGCACAGACAGACUCAGUGGGUAACGUCGUGUAAAAGUAUUUAUUUCUGCCAUGCUGCUUUUAUAAAACGGGUGGGGGAGCAUGAGAGGACUACGUAGACAAGUGCUUGGUGAUAAAUUACCGACGGAGGUUAUAAGACGAACAUGCUGACAGCACACCUUUCUCCAACUUUGUGCCUAACAUUAUCCAGUUCGAAAUGUGUGUUAUUGUGGGGUGUGACUAGGUCUUUUCACAAGUGAUACCGUUUGUUUUUCUUAAAACAUUAAAGAACUUCAAGUUGGA